CCCACGUGUCCUGUGCUACGAUAUAAAUGUAUGCAGCCGCAGCAGCUGGGUACCUUUUGCCCAGCUCUCCAGUCUCCUGGACCAGAGGACGCCUCACCAUGAAGCUGCUCGCACUUUGCCUUUGUUUGGCCCUGGCAUGGGCUCAGAAACCUGAUCAUGCCGGUCGUCCGGAUCAUGCUGGUCGUCCAGAUAAAGCCGGUCGACCGGAUCACGCAGGUCGUCCGGAUCAUGCAGGUCGACCGAGUCAUGCAGGUCGUCAGGUUCGUGCCAGUCACGACGAUCAUCCGGGUGAAGCUCCAGACCGUUGCGAGGGCCUUGAGAUGGAUGCCGUUGCAGUCAGUGAAGAUGGAAUCCCGUACUUUUUCAAGGGUCACUACCUAUUCAAGGGCUUCCAUGGUAAGGCCGAGCUGGCCAAUCUGUCCUUCGCUGAGCUGGAUGACCAUCACCACCUAGGCCAUGUAGAUGCCGCUUUCAAAAUGCACUACGAGGACAGCCCGACUGAACACGACCGCAUAUACUUGUUCUUGGACCACAAAGUCUUCAGCUAUUACAAACACAAACUGGAAGAUGGCUACCCCAAGGAUAUCUCCGAAGUCUUCCCUGGCAUCCCUGACCACCUGGACGCUGCCGUGGUGUGUCCCAAUCCUGACUGUGACGAAGACUCUGUCAUCUUCUUCAAGGGAGACGAAAUCUACCACUACAACAUUAAAACCAAGGUUGUAGAUGAGAAGGAGUUCAAGUCCAUGCCAAACUGCACCUCUGCUUUCCGCUUCAUGGAACACUAUUACUGCUUCCACGGACACCUGUUCUCCAAGUUUGACCCAAAGACCGGCGACGUGCACGGCAGGUACCCCAAAGAGGCACGGGACUACUUCAUGAGAUGCGCCAAGUUCAGUGAUGACAGCAACCACGUGGAGAGAGAACGUUGCAGCCGUGUUCACCUGGACGCCAUCUUGAGCGAUGGCGCUGGAAACAUUUACGCCUUCAGAGGCCACCACUUCCUGCGUAAAGAUGAGGAAAAUGACACACUGACGGCUGACACCAUUGAGUCCGCCUUCAAGGAGCUGCACAGCGAGGUGGACGCUGCUUUCUCCCAUGAGGGUCAUUUUUACAUGAUCAAGGACGACCACGUAUAUGUUUAUAAACUUGGCGAGCCCCACACACACCUGGAGGGCUACCCCAAGCUUGUGAAAGAGGAGCUCGGCCUCGAGGGUCCCAUCGACGCUGCAUUUACCUGCGGGGACAAACAAGUUGUUCACAUCAUUAAAGGUCAGACCAUCGUUGACGUGGAUCUGAAGGCCAGCCCUCGAGUCCCGGCCAACGAGCGUCAAUUCAUCAGCUUCCCCAGGAUCGAUGCCGCCAUGUGUGGCCAUGGAGGACUUAAACUCUUUGUCGGAAAUCACUUCUACCACUUUGAUAGCGUCAUGACAUUUGUUGCUGCCCGAGGUCUGCCUGCGCAGAGCAAAAUUUCUCUGGAUCUGUUUGGCUGUGAUCACUAAAAGGCUGUUAAAUCUUAACGGGACUGAACGGAUUGCUUAGGAUCUCGCGUACGACACAGUGAAACAUGGAAAAACAACAGCACCAACAACAUCAGGCAGGAGGCGCCACGCGACAAGUGGCGACAGAGGAUGCACUGUUUCAUGACACUUGUUUCCCUUCUGUGUCUUUACCUCAAAAUAGCCUCCUGUGUGUUUUAUUUUUGGAAGGGUUGCUAUCUUUCAUGACUAAAGCUCUGUGGUCCUCUGUGCUUCCAGCACGUUACAAGGCUUUGCAUGUUUUUCUUUGAAUAAAGAGGAGUGGAAAGAAACAACA